AUGCGGAUCGCCUGUCUUCAGUUUGCGCCGCAGGUCGGAGACGUGGACAACAAUCUCAACCGUGCGGAUGCGAUUUUAAGCCGGGUUGAUCCUGAGGCCCUUGACGUAUUGGUCUUGCCGGAGCUGGCUUUUUCUGGAUACAACUUCAAGUCGCUCGGCGAGAUAUCGCAGUUCCUCGAACCGUCAGGGUCGGGCAUCAGCUCGCUGUGGUCUCGUACAACCGCCCUGAAAUACGACUGCACUGUGAUAACUGGCUAUCCUGAAAAAGUUGACCCGACUCUAAAAUGGCCAACAAACCCAGAGUAUUACAACGCUGCUAUCGUCGUGAAUGGCGAGGGGGAGACUGCGGCCAACUACCGGAAGACUCAUCUUUACUAUACGGAUGAGACGUGGGCAUUGGAAGGACCCGCGGGGUUCUUUGGUCAGAGAUUGGAAGGUCUAGGACGGACUGCGAUUGGAAUUUGCAUGGAUCUCAACCCCUACAAAUUUGAAGCACCGUGGGAUGAGUUUGAAUUUGCGCACCAUGUCUUGGAUUGCGGCGCUCGGCUUGUCAUCGUGUCGAUGGCUUGGAUCACAAAUGAUGAUCCGCGUCAGUUCAGUCGCAUGCCUCAAGAACCGGACAUGAACACUCUUCUUUAUUGGGUCUCAAGGCUGGAACCAAUCAUUAGAGCGGAGUCGACGGAGGAAGUCAUUGUCGUUUUUGCAAACCGCACUGGCGUGGAAGGUGAAGUCACAUAUGCGGGCACCAGCGCUGUUAUUGGUAUCAAAUCUGGCGAAGUCCGGGUCUAUGGUAUUCUUGGUCGAGGCGACAAGGAGCUCCUGGUUGUCGAUACAGAUUCCGCCCCCUAUGCCAAGCUCUUGUAUCGACCAAGAGAGAAUGGGUUUGAAGUUCAGGCUGCGGAUUCUGAGGAGUAUGACCACCGGCAGGAGUAUGAGAUCAACCGUGGCCAACGGUCCCAGCAUCAACGGGGGUCUGAGACCAUCUCACCUGAGCAACAGUGGCCUGGAAGUGAGUCCGACGCGACCCAGGGGAAAGGAGCGACUGCAAAAUACCGCAGAAACGACUUAUCUGUGCAAGUUCAUGCAAGUUCAUCCUCCAAACGAGGAUCUGAAAUGGCGCACAUUCACACGCCAACUGCACCAAGCCCAACACCACAGUCCCUACGUCCAAAGCUCUUGGUUUCGACGAAUCACCCUGACAGUCAUAGAUUUCUGAACGGACCUUCACCAGCGUCACUGUAUGCGACCGGCACUAAUAGGGCGCCGUUUCAAAUUCUAGGUGGUGGAGUUCGUUUCCACGGCUCAAAUGCACACGCUGGAAUAUCUCCCUUGGCGCCGUCUGAGUCUCGAUUCUCCGAAUCAUCUUACGAAUCCUCGCGACUUCACUGGGCACCUGUGCAGCAGUCUUCAGCAGUACAGGAUUCACGGUGGACCCCUCCAGAUGAUGCAGAUGACUUGAUAGUAUCUGACGGCUCACCAAUUACGCAUAACGAGAACCGACAUAGCAUCAGAUCGGAUGUUUCUGUGUGGAACAACCAACCUGGUCGUCCGCCAAGUAUCUCCAAUCAACUUCUCAGUCAUCCUACUCCUCCUCCCGAGACUCGUCAUCGACGAGUGCGUCGUGAUGCCCCAGAGCGAGAGCCACCCGCACACCACAUCGCGGAUAUCCCGACCAGGGAGUCAUUUCAAAUCCGCCCCUCAUCUCCAAAGUCUCGACACGCCAGUAGAUCACGCGGGCUUGAGAGAUCAAAUUCCGCCGCCGCAGGGACAAAUGACUUGGAAGAUGUCUGCCAGAGACUAGAAGACAUGGCCAUGUUUACGGAGUCGACUCAAAGCCAUAGGGUCACUAGAGACCGCUCAAACUCUACGUCUGGGUAUCAGGCUUCGAGAAGCCGCAGCCGGAGCAGGAAACCCACGCCUCGUGUGCAAGACAGGUACUAUGAUAGGAGUGCGAUGACUGCUUCGAUACCCAUAGCGUUUGGACUGGAUAUUGCCGAUCCCGUGGAUGUGAGGCGUUCGAGCGGCUCGGGUGGCCAGCAGCGGACACAUGCGGCAACUCAUGAUCCCCCAAUUCUUCGGCCAGCUUCAAGAAGUCGCAUAAGACAAAGGAGUACCUCAAAAGGGAGAAUUGGUGACCGUCCCCCAUCCAGAAACGCCUUUAUGCAGCGCGAGAUUCGGUCAAACACUCCCGCCAACUUUGUGGAUAGGGCAGUGAGCCGUGGUCGUCAGAGAGAAAUUCGACCAGCAACGGAUCAACAAUUGCCAACACCAGGGAGUCACGAACGGCGGAGAAGCGAAAAUAACAGUCAAGGGCCUCCUCCUGAUCCCGUGGACUUAUCUCAGUUCACACUUAUUGAGGAGUAUCCUGCACCAAACUGUCCCGUCCAUGGUUCCCGAUCCCGCUCAGGAACAGGGCAAAGAGACCCCUCAGGGAACCGGCCGGCAACUACAAACCCGACUCGACCUCCUGCCCACCGAGAGAGAGUAGGAAGAAGGUCUACGCAGGUUACGCCGCGGCCGGCAAGUAGGAAGGAUACUCCCGAGGUUGCUACACGGUCACCCAAACCCCCCCGAGAUUCACCAAAGCCAAGCCCGCAGACUUCCAAACAGACUUCCAAAACGCCAAAACCUUCAACGACCACGUCCACCAGGUCAAAGCUACGCAAUACUGUUCACAAGACCUCCGACGUUGUCGAGACUGUCGUAACUUCUGAACAACUAGACCUCAAAUCACCGCAAGGUCCAAAAACCCCGAAGGCGAUGGUUCUCGUCAACGACGGCAAACCAGACUCACGAGACAUCAGCGCUGCGUUGCAAUACGUGAAGCAGUCACUUGGGAAGCCUGUAGACAGGCCCAGGAGCGCAAUUUGGUGA